ACAUCGGAUUCUGAUAUUCUUGCUAUUAUCAAGUUGGUGUCGUCUACGAAUUUCAUGUUGAGUAUAUUUUAUUUAACAGGUGAAUCAACUGACAAUUAGUUCCCUCUCACCGGCUUUCCCCCUUUUCCUUGGACCGGAAAGUAAAACCCCAUCCUGUCGUUGUCGUAGCGUCUCGACGUUAAAGAGCCCGUGAAGUUAGUUAGCUAAGUUGAGGUUAGCAGUUAGGCGGUCGUUGCUAACGAUAAGCUAGCUAACGUCAAGUAGCAAACUGCUGCCAAAAAAGCGAACGUAACAUCAUCCAACUUUCAGUGAUGGAUUUUAAUAAACCAGCCCUGGCCGAAACUGCUUGGUGAUAGAAGCUGACGCGGAGUAUUUUUUUUUUUGAUCCAGUCCAUCGUUGUCGGCUAACGUUAGCUACCAGCCCGGAAACACUGGGCACGGGAAAAACAUGGCAGAUGAAAAUACACAAUUCUGUGGAAACUGCAAGCAUGACAUUCCUGAGGCUAAUUUCACCACACAUGAGAUCCACUGUCGGAGAAACAUUGCACUGUGUGAUGUUUGCCAGGAGCCUUUUCCACGGUCAGAUCUGGAGGAGCACAAGCAGCAGGAGCAUACACAGGUUACAUGCAAGUGUGGUUUGAAGGUUGAAAAAAAUCAUUUUGACAUUCACCAGAGCUCUGAGUGUUCUCAGCGACUGGUCCCAUGUCAAUACUGUGACCUGGAGCUUGUUUUCAGUCAGUCCAAAGAGCAUGAGGAUUACUGUGGUACGCGCACUGAGCAAUGUCCUCACUGCAAGUGCAAUGUAAUGCUAAGGGAACAAGCAGUGCAUCCAGUCUUAUGUGGAAGCCUUACACCGCCUCAAGAGAGAAACAACAGUCGGACAAAUAGGAGUCCAAUAGAAACCCAGUCUUCAGGGACAUGGUUUGAAGGCCACUCUAUCCGAAAUCACCUAAGAACCCAAGAAAGAGGCCCCAAGAAUAACAACAUCAGUGCAGCAGAACAACUGGCCUUACCUCAAGCACCUGGUCCCAGAGUUUAUAACAGUUCAAGAGGAUAUCAGAGCUCUGGAGACUGGAAGAAUAUUACUCACAGGAAUUCAACCUUUAGCCACUUGCUGGAGCAGAGUGACUUUGAGCAUCAGAGCAGCAGUGUUUGGCCUCAUGAUGCACGCAUGCUAGAUGACGAUUCGUCAGGCCUUGACUACAUGUUGGCUCUUAGCCUGCAGAGUGAUGGAGAGUCAGUGGCUGGAGGGGGAGAGGCCAGUCUGUGGAGUGAUAUCUGGGACCACACGAUAGGAAAAACCUCUAAUACCUCUUUCAGCUCCCCACUCUCUCUACCUAACAACAAUUACCCAAACUUCAGCACAGUAACAAGCACUAGUCCGGUCCAAGACCGCGAUCAAACAGAGACGAUGCUGCCAUGUGAGUUCUGUGAGGAGCUGUUUCCUGAAGAGGACCUUAUUUUGCAUCAGACUGGGUGUAGCCCUGCGUCUGCCUUUGCAUCUUUCAGCAAACAGCCUUCCUCUCCACCUAGAGAGGACAGGAUGACCAAGAACACUUCAGGACUGGAGUACAGUCUGCCCAACAGUCUCGCUUCCAACAUCCCCACUUUUCCUCGGUCUCUCUCUCCGGCCUCCUACAGUCCUCCAGCCAGUCCACUAGAGGGUGAUGUUGUCAUUCCAUGUGAAUUCUGUGGCGUCGCUCUGGAAGAAGCCGUCGUCUUUCACCAUCAGGAUAAAUGUGAUAUGCGUCCUCAGACUUUUCACCCACUGAAUAAUGUUACAAAAGCAUCUGUCAAGAAACCACUGAGCCUUGCAAAAGACAUCUUUGGACAGACGUCUCCAGAUUUUCAAAGGAGAAUAAAACACCAAGCGGACUUCUUAGACGAGGACUCUAGGUUUGACAAGGACUUACAUGCAGGACAAAAUCAGAGGGACUGGCAGAGAGGUCACAUCGGGAUGCCGAGACAAAGGAAAACAUCCAACUGUGAUAUCUCUGUAAAAAAUAAACUUCAGCACGACAAGGACACAGAAGGGGCUCAUUCAUCUGUCUGUGACAGUGAGAAGUCUGGAUCUUUAAAGGGACUUCAUUUACCUGAAAACAAAGAAGGGAGGGGGAACAGAAGGAAUCCAGUGACAAAGUUUCCCAAGAAGCAAAAUGAAGAGCCACAAGAAGAGUGAGAGCAAAAAUGGAGAGAAAAUAUGCUUAUUAAACCUCCUGUAUUGCAUUUCAUUUGUCUUUUUGCACACUAUAAGAUAUAACACAUACUUAUCUGACAAGUGCCUGUGUGAGUAUUAGCAUCCUGCAGUUUGUGUUCCCACACAUCAUACUGUUAAAUAUAAUCCAUUUGUUCAUUUUUGGACAUUCUGACUUAUUUUAAGAUGUCUUUCUAUAUCUAAUAUCCAGCCUGAAGGGGUGAAUUAGAAAAUAAGUUUUAUUUACGCUGAAUUUGAUUUUUACUGUACAAGUCGUCACGUGGCUCAUUUAGGAGAACAUCUAACAUCAAACAGACACAUGACUUGGUCAGUGCGCAUUUGUCUUGACUUAAUCUUGUGUGUUACUUCAGCCAAGGAUUUUUUUUUUUCGUCUCACGUCCUUUCAGGGUCUUUCUCAGUGUUUCUUCUGUUUUCUGCAACUUUACUCCACCUGAAGCACUUUGAUAGAUUAUUUUGCUAAAAGGGCUUGAGGAACAGAUUUGAUAAAUGUAUGCAUCUUUGACCAAGAAAAAAAAUAACUGUACUAUUGAACAUUUGUCUUUUUAUACUGUUGAACAUGUCUUUAAUACUUCAUGGUUAUAUUUAGAAAUUUUUAAUCAUAUCUAUAGAACUGUAUAUGUGACGUCAUGAUGAAAAGGCUUUUGAAGCAAUGUGUCUUGUCCAGUUUUCCUUAAGUAUUAUAACAAAAAAUGUGUGCUGCUCCUGCAAAUAGGACAUAGAUUUGAUUUAAUGGUUUUCUGUAUCAUAGGGUUCACUGUAGAAAUGCAUAAAAAAAAGUGGAUGACUGUCCCCCUGCUGUUGUGUGUCUGCAAAUUUAUCUUUUACUAAACUUUACAAAACAAUAUUUAGCUGAUCAUCUUAUUGACAAAGUUAACUGCAUAUAAAUAAGAAUAAUCAGCACAAUGACUCGGUGUGGAUGAUUGGUUUGACUUUUAGUGUGUGAAUAGUUACGCCUGUGUUGAUUUUCUGUGUUUUGUGAGGCUAUUAAAUGUUUAACGGAGUUCAUUCAUUGCUUCUUGACUUUGUAUUUUGUCAGUAUUGUAUAAUUUUGUUGAUGGUUAUUAAAAGUAAGGAUCAGCUCUC